GAUGUCCUUCCAUAGUUCUGCUGCUUCUUCUACCUGUGUGAUGGAGUUUCUCAGGCUGCCAUCAAUUGUGUUGAAAAUCCAUGAGACCAACAUGGCAUUCACAAUCCACCAUUCUUCAUAGUUUUCAUCUCCUUCUGGACAAGGGAUGGAUCCGUCGAUGAAUCCAAUUUUCCGUUUUGCAUGGAAUGCAAUUCUCAUUGCACGAGCCCAUUCUUCAUAAUUAUCACCGUUUAGUUUGACUUGGGUGAUAAUUAAUCCAGCCCAGCCAUGCCAGCCAGUGCCGAAGGAGUUAAAGGACGGCCAAGUGCCCUCGGUCCCUGUCCGGUUGCUCGAUCAUCGCAUGACUUUGGUGGGUAAUGUGUUGACAGAACAGGUCCUGGUGGAAUGGUCAGAAGGUGGACCAGACGAUGCUAUGUGGAAGUCCCUGGCGUUUAUGCGUAAGCAGUUUCUGCGUUUGCACCUUGCGGACAAGGUGCUUGUUGAAGACGGGGGGAAUGAUAGGGACGCGAACAUGAAUGAAGCCGGCAUGGAAACGGAAAAUAACAACGACAACGUGGGAAGUUCGGGAGAGGAAAGCAAUGCGGAAAUGGGCAGCUCGUCGGAAGGGGAUCGGGAGAUGCAUGUGGGCCUGGAGGCGCAGGAAGCCCAUGCACGUCGAAGUACAAGGCCGAGACGUAGCCCACGUUGGCGGAAGGAUUAUGUUUAGACAUUUGAGUUAUUUAAUUUAGAUAUUUUAAUACUUUAAUUAUUGUAUUUUAGUAUUUUCCUAGAUGAGCGAAUUAUAAGCUCCUUCGAGGGUUUGUUUACGGUUCUUUACCUCGUCGCUUUUCGUGAACUGUCAGGAUAGCAAACGUAGUUUUAGGUUUGAGGUCUCUACUAUAAAUAGAGAUAUUACUCCUCAUAAUUAAUAAGAAAGAAAAUACCCAAAACCCU